GAGAUCCGAUCUGACGGCCUUCGGUGCAACAAGUUCCUGUGGGAACUGGUACAUCACAGCAGCGGCGAUGGGGCUGUAGCGCCUGUGUGCCUGCAUGAGUGCCCCGAGUCUCGGCCUUGUUCGUCACGGUGAGGCAAAAGCUCACCAACGAAACCAAACACCACGGAGAGGCGCGUUAUUUUUUUCACCUUUGAAAGUAGGUCUGUGAUAUUUAUCCUCCAACUGGGAGUGGGUUGAGAGCAGCCUACCUUGGGGUGUGAUUUGACUGGAUGAAAAUAAAAUGCAGAGGAGUCAGACGAUGGGUGUGAAAGAGGGUGGGGGUAGUAGAGGCUCGCGCGUAACUGGCAGUAUAUAAGGGACGCAAGGAAGUUCCAAUGCAUCAGUCAAGCAGCCUGCUGUCUCCUCACACCUCCUCGCCUCAGCCACCACAACCACCACAUUACCAACAUGAAAGCCGUCGUGAUGAUGAUGCUGCUCACCGUAGCCGUGGCAGAAAAACUCUACGCACCAUCGCCAAGUGCCUCAGCAUCUCCCGUGUCCAUCCUCAAGGACGAUAGAGUCCAUCCUGAUGCUGCAGGAAACUACGUCUUCGAUGUCGAGACUGAGGACGGGAUCGUCAGACACGAAUCAGGCAGCGAGGGAGGAAGCCAACAAGGCUUCGUGAGCUACACCGCCCCUGACGGAACCCCGGUCCACAUCAAAUUUGUGGCUGACGAGAAGGGUUACCAGCCUGACUCUGACCUGCUGCCCGUGGCCCCCGCCUUCCCCCACCCCAUCCCCCAGUAUGUGCUGGACCAGAUCGCUAAGGCCGCCGCGGAGGACGCCGCUCAAAGCAUCGAAGUCAGGGAACCCACUGCAACCUACUCACAGCCUUAACUGUCUUCUUUCUUUUUUUUCUUUCGUCUGCCUGACUGACACGUGAUGACUUGAUAUACUGUACAGUGUGUGUGUGUGUGUGUGUGUGUGUGUGUGUGUGUGUGUGUGUGUGUGUGUGUGUGUGUGUGUGUAACAGUAUUCUGCUUGUUCCUUAUUUAUUUUGGACUACUGUAAAUUGUAGAAUAAAAUGCAUGAAUUUC